UUUCUGAAGCUUAUGAAGUUCUUGGAUCAAAAGAAAAAAGGCUAGCUUAUGAUUCAUUAAAUGCGGAAAUGCCGUCAACAAGAAUAUACAAAACUACUCAUCCUCAAAAAACAAAAACAGAAAAAUGGGAAAAAGAUUGGAGUGAAUUUCAAAAUAUGAGCAGUAAAAGAAACCAUUUUGACCGGCAACAAAGACAACAAAAUUCUCACCAACAACAAAUGGGAUCAGAAAGGAGGAGAUUAUUUUCGUUUUUAUCAACAAAACAAAGCAAUCCAUUUUUUGAUAAAAUAUAUCGAGAAGAUGCUUGGAAAAAUGUUAAAAGAAUUGGGGCAGGUUUUGUUGUUACAACUUUAGUUUAUUAUAUUUUUGUAAAUUAUUAUUAUCUUAAAAAGUGGAGAUAAUUUUUAUGGAUAGGAAUAAAAUUAGAUUUUUAAAAUUUCUGGUUAUUUCUAUUAGGGCAGCACCCGACCCUACCCCCGAAACCCUGAAUUUUUAGGCCCCCCGAACGUCGAAGGCUCUACUCCGGCAAACCCCGAAAUUCCCGCCCUCGGAGGAGAUAAUUUAUAGAUAGGAAUAAAAUUAGAUUUUUAAAAUUUUUGGUUGUUUUUAUUGGGGUAGCACCCGUCCGAAUUUUUAGGCCCGACCCGAAGGCUAUACCCUGAACCUGACACUCCCGCCCCGGAAGAGAGCGGGGUGCUAACCUAGUUUCUAUAAUUAAAUAGGGAGCCGUC